AAUAAAUAAAUAGAAUAUUCAAUAGCUCUGCAAAACAGUUGAGAAAACUGAAAUUCGAUCACACGUCCAAAUGUUCGAGGCUCGUCGCACUCUAACGUCCAUUGUACACGACGUUCGCCGGCGACAGGACUUCAAAAGAAGAAGAAGAAGCGGCGCCUUGUGUAUAUAUAGAGGUACCGCAGGCUCGGCUGCGCUGUAGUUCACCAGCGAACGUCGUCGAUCGAGCAUCGCUCUCUUCAGGUAUACAGUAUAGCACCAAAGUAUAAGCAGCAUCAGGAUGUUGCGUUUCCUCGUCUUCGGCGGAGUUUUCGUCGCUCUGGCGACAGCUCAACAGCCAGGUGGUCGUGUUCUGGAGCCACCGAUUCCCGCUGCCUGUGCCCAAAGAACGAUUCAUGAACGUUUCAACGGCAAGGGCUACUUCUACUCGUGGGCGGAUCCACGCACUGCAGGUCAAGAGGUCGACUGGUUGACCGGCAGAAACUUCUGCAGACAGCGUUGCAUGGACCUCGUUUCUCUUGAGACUUCGGCCGAGAACGAGUUUAUCAAGAGCCGCAUCGUACAAAACAAAGUCAAGUACAUCUGGACAUCCGGACGUCUCUGCGACUUCAAGGGCUGUGACAGGCCCGACCUUCAGCCUCUUCAGAUCAACGGCUGGUUCUGGACCGCUGAGCUCCAGAAGCUCGCCCCCACGACCGACCGCAAUCAGAACGACUGGUCCGAGAGCGGAGGUAUUGGCAAACCCCAACCUGACAACCGUGAGGCCAUCCAAGGUGGAGCCCCCGAGAACUGUCUGGCUGUGCUGAACCAGUUCUACAACGACGGUGUCAACUGGCACGACGUUGCCUGCCACCACAAGAAACCAUGGGUCUGCGAGGAGAACGACGCGCUCCUGAAGUACGUGCGCUUCACCAACCCCAACAUCCGUGUCUAAAUCGACGAAUCACUUGAAAAUUUCGAUUUUCAAAGUCACACGUGGUUUCACUGGCGUUCGGUCACAAUCCAAUGAAGCGAAAUUGUAUAUCGUUCCAUUUACGGCUUGUGGCCAAUCGUUGAUGCGAGACUGACGAGUGACUGCAGAGGAUCUUUCGAAUAAGCUUCGACAUUCCGUCGGUCACUUUAUAAUGCCUUGUUUUUUUGAGGCAAAAACUCGUUAAAAUCGCCAUAGACGUGAGCCGCGACUGAGCAGACAGUUAUUUAUUUCCACGUUAACAGACAAGACAUCCUUCCCUCGUAGUAUUUAGUGGAGUGACAAUAAUCGAGAUAAAAUGAUAAAGUAUUUAUGUUGAAUGUGUGUUGUGGUUAUCAUUAACUAUUCUAUUAUAUUUUUGUAUAUUGAUGUAAUCUCAAGUAAAGAUAUAUAUUACACGCGAUUAUCAAUUGUAUAACGAUAGAAAUGUUUGUUUUUUUUUUGUACAAGAAAAAUCUUUAUUAAACAAAAUUAAUUAAUAA